GACGUUGACAGUGAAGGUCCGGAGCCGUCAGACUGGGACAAAUACGCCUCAGAGGAGUACGAGAUACUGGUAGCAGAGGAGACGGCUAACGAGCAGCUGCAUGAAGGGGGAUUCGAUGACGACUACGAGGCUGAGGAACUACAAGAGCCUGGAGAGAUUGGGAAUAAAAUGGAAAAACUGGUCAUAUCCAACCUGACGGCAUAAAAAAACUUCUGACUCCUCCUUCAAAACAACACACCCAGAGGGCUUUUUGGGAUUUUCGUAUCCAAAAACACACAGCUAACAGUGGAAUCCCCUAACAUUGGAGUGUGUGUGUGUGUGUGUGUGUGUGUG